AACCGAAAACACUUUGCCUUGAUCACGUUGACUGCUCUUCGGGGGCUGUGGUAGUUAGAGGAGAAUAAAACCAGCUGAUCGGGAGAGGGGUGGUGCAUUUUCGAGCGAGAUGGCUGACAGAAGCAUUCUGUUGCUCCUCUUUGGACUCUUCCUCUCAGCGCUGAUUCAGCCUUCUCUCCAAGGAGGCGUGUACGUGCCACCGGGUGCUGGGAUCGGACCUGGAGGCACAGGAGCCGGGACUGGAUUCUUUCCAGGGUCUGCUGGAGGAGUCGGCUAUAAACCAGCUAAAGCUGCAGUAGGAGGUUAUGGAGGCGCAGGCCGUGGCGGGGGGCAAGGCGGUCUGGUGCCAGGAGGUGUUGGGCAUGGUGGCUUGGGUGCCGGAGGACUAGGGGCAGGACAAGGUGGGAAGCCCCCUAAACCCGGUUAUGGAAAUCUAGGAGCCGGUGGUCUUGGAGCCGGUGGUCUUGGAGCUGGAGGCUACGGAGGAGGUGGUUAUGGUGCAUAUGGUGGCGGCACAGGGGGCUUUUUCCCAGGAGCUGGACAGAAGGCUGCUAAAAGAGGGACUGGAGGCUUAGGGACUGGAGCCGCAGUGCCUGCUGGAGUGCCAGUUAUUCCUCAGACGGGCCUUCAAGGAGGAGGUGGGGCCGGGGCUGGAAAGAAAGCUGCCAAAGUGCCAGGUGUGGGCGUGCCCGGACUUUACCAAGGUGGACUGGUGCCAGGACAAGGGUUCGGCGGACGUGGCGUUCUGCCUGGUGUUGCCGUAGGAACUAACCUAAAUCCCAAGUCAGUUGUAGGGGGAGGACAAGGUGGUCCGGCACAAGGGGGCCGCGGGUACGGUGGGCCGAUGCAGCCCGGUGUGUUCCACGGAUAUCCCCUCAAAACCCCCAAAGUGCAAGGUGGCUACGGAGCAAAACCUGGAGGUGGAAAACUGCCUUUUGGUUACGGCUUUGGAAAUGUUGGCACUGGACUUAAGGGGGGAGUGGGAGGCCCUGCCUCGAGGCCCGGAUACCCUGUUGGAACUGGAGUGGGACCAGGGGGCAUCUCACCGGCUCAGGCUAAAGCCGCCAAAUAUGGUUUGGCAGGUGGUCAAGGUGUUGCUGGAGCUGGUGGACUGUAUCCAGGGCAGGUGCCAGGAGGUUUUGGGGCUGUUGGAGGUGUCGGUGGUGGUGUCGGCGGUGGUGUUGGUGGGGUGUCUCCGGGGCAGGUGCCAGGAGCGGGAUAUGGAGCUGGGUCCAAAGCUGCUAAAUAUGGAGUACCAGGAGGAGUACCUGGAGGAGUACCAGGAGGAGUACCUGGAGGAGUACCAUGGGGAGUACCAGGGCGGGUGCCAUGGGGAGUACCAGGAGGAGUACCAGGAGGGAUACCAUGGGGAGUACCGGGAGGAGUACCAGGAGGAGUACCAGGAGGGAUACCAUGGGGAGUACCGGGAGGAGUACCAGGAGGAGUACCAGGAGGAGUACCAGGAGGAGUACCAGGAGGUGCACCAGUGGUUGGUGGAUAUUCACCAGCAGCCAAAGCCGCUAAAUAUGGAGUUGCCACAGGAGGACUAGGAGGCCCAGGUGGACUAGGAGGCCCAGGAGGACUAGGAGGCACAGGAGGACUAGGAGGCACAGGAGGACUAGGGGGCACAGGAGGAUUUGGAGGAACAGGAGGAUACUCAGCUGCAGCCAAAGCUGCUAAAUAUGGAGGACAACUGGGAGGAGGUGGAGGACAAUUUGGAGGAGCAGGAGGACUGGGAGGUGGAGGAUACUCCGCUGCUGCUAAAGCUGCUAAAUAUGGUCCGGGUGGUGCAGGAGUAGUUCCUGGUGGUGGUACAAGUGGAGGGCAAAUUCCUGGAAGAGUCCCCCUUUUACCAGGAUAUGGAUCUUUAGCGGCUGGCGCUAAACCCCCUAAAUAUGGAGUCCCAGGAGCAGGCCUAGGAGGAGGCGGAGUCCCCGGGGGAGCAGGGCAGGGGCUUCCUGGCGGCUAUGGCAGCUUUGGCGGUUACGGGGUUGGUGCUGGAGCUAAACCGCCAAAGUAUGGAGUUUCCGGAGGAGCUGGAGCAGGGUUAGGAAUAGGAGGACUGGGGGGGGCAGGAGGAGGACCUGGUGUAGUACCAGGACAAGGAGGUGGACAAUACUCUGCUGCCGCAAAAGCUGCUAAAUACGGAAUUUCCGGAGGAGUUGGAGGAGGUUUAGGAGCAGGAGGAGCCGGAGUAGUUCCUGGCUUUGUACCAGGACAAGGAGGUGGACAAUACUCUGCUGCUGCAAAAGCUGCUAAAUACGGUUUAGGAGUACCUGGAGCAGGAUUCGGAGCAGGAGGACUGGGAGGGACAGGAGGAGCUGGAGUAGGUCCUGGUGUAGGACAAGGACAAGGAGCUGGACAAUACUCUGCUGCUGCAAAAGCUGCUAAAUACGGAGUACCUGGAGCAGGAUUCGGAGCAGGAGGACUGGGAGGGACGGGAGGAGCUGGAGUAGGUCCUGGUGUAGGACAAGGACAAGGAGCUGGACAAUACUCUGCUGCUGCAAAAGCUGCUAAAUACGGAGUACCCGGAGCAGGUUUAGGAGCAGGAGUAGUUCCUGGUUUUGUACCAGGACAAGGAGGUGGACAGUACUCUGCUGCCGCAAAAGCUGCUAAAUACGGCAUUACAGGAGGAGCUGGAGCAGCAGGAACAGGAGGUCUCGGAAGUACUGGAGGAGUUGCACCUGGAGGAGGGGGAGUCACUGGAGUGGGACUUGUGGUGCCAGGAGCUACUCCAGGUACAGCUGUCAGUGGUGGCGCGGAUGGUUCCGCUGUCUUGGCAACAGCGGUGUACGCAGGCGCUGAUGGAACUCCCCGACCAGCUGGCACAAGCGUUGGCGGAGCAGGGGUUGCAGCUCCCUCUGGUGGUGGUUCUUCAGGCCAAGGUCAGCCUGGUGUUGGUGUUGGUUCAAGUGGCAAAGCACCUAAACUAAUCUUCCCAGGUGCAGGAGCAGGUGCUGGUCCAGCCGCAGGUGGAUACCCCUUCAGUGGAAGCUAUGGAGGUGGAGCGGCAGCAGGGAUCCCACUGGCGGCAGGAGGCUAUCAAGGCGGAUACAGGCCAUAUCAGCAUGGUUAUGGCCAGGGUGGUCUGACUUAUCCUUCUGCAGUGGGACUGGGAGGUGCUGGUGGGGCUAAACCUCCCAAACCAGGUUACGGUAAUCUUGGAGCUGGUGGCGUUUAUCAGCAAGGUGUUGCUCCGGUGGCCCCUGGUUACGGAGGAGGUUACCCCCAGCAGUAUUACCAAGGUGGAUAUGUACCAGCCCCACUGACUCCUCAACAAGCCAAAGCAGCAAAGUACGGUCCAUUGCAGAGCUUCCUUGGUGGUGCAGGAGGAGGAGGAGGAGGUGGAGGAGGAGUCUACAGAGGUGGAGUUGCAGGGUGCCAGGGAAAGUACUGUGGCAAAAGGAAGUAGACGAUCUCUAGAGAUCCAGUGUGACCUCAAGACACCAUGGUGCUACUGCAUGAUACGAAAUGUACAUUUUAUAUGCAAACAAACCCCAUUAGAAAACAUGUAAAGAGUUUUUUUUUUUUUACGUAAGUGAUUUCUACGUCUGUUUAUGUGCAACCCCACCAACAUAGAAGUUUGUACACGCUCUGAAGUGACGUGUCUUAUUGAUAGUGGCUUCAGUCAAUGAUGUGCUCAAGUUAAUCUGCUAUCACUCCCCUUACUGCACUUCCCCCAAUCACAAUAGAAAAAGUGUGUGUGUUUGUGCGCAUGUGCGUGUAUCGUUGUACUGUGCGAAAAGGCCGACCGAACCGGCGCCUUUCGAUGUGACAUGUGGAUGACUUCUCUUUUCGGUUUUAAUCACAAAGCAAGGUGGACUGUCCUCAGUACUGCAGCGUCACACUGUCGCCCCUCGCUGUGCACAGCUAGUCAUCAGGUCGGGGUUGGUCGAGGCUCGUCCAGAAAUGGAUGAAAUGUGGCCAAUCCCAAUGUCGUCUCUGGUUCCCCGUCUUCUCUGCUGCUAUUUUAAGCCUGCUGGGUAGAAAGCAGCAGGAAUUGGGGAUCUGGCCAAACCAUCUGCUCUCAGUAACUUUGAAGAUUUUAGGUGCUAGGCAGUUCAGUUUUCAUGUUGCCAAACUUUGUGAUGUAUGAAGAAGCAGUUUUUGCUCUGAGGAAAAACAUGCUGAAGACGUUUCAGGAUGUUAAAAACCAUUGGAAAGCCUUCCAAGUAUAUCAAAAAGCCUAAACUAAUACUUUGGCCUUUUCAUCACAUACAGUAUGUGUGAAUGUUUCAUUAAAUGUCUUGAAUAGAGCGCUUCAAGCUUCAAAUGUUUAGUCUCAUUACAGCAGUUAUUUACAUUUAUUUGUCAUCACGUGACUUUUCCAGAUGUUUUGCACCAUUUUAUGACUAAUAGCUUCAUUGUUACCAGGAAUGUGUGAACAUAAAACAAGAAGGAUCGUUUCCUUUUGCAUUUAUUCAAUUUUUCAUUUAUUAAAACAGAAUUUUGUUUAUUGGGAGACACUCCCAAAGGGUUAAUGUCAUUGUUGUUCCUUUACUUGAGCUGCUUUUAAAAGGCUCACCAACCAAAGGUUCAUGAGCGCUGUUGCCAAGGCACCCAAUCCCUUUCUGUGAUUGUGUACUGUAUUUUGUGUACUAAUUUGAUAAACGCAGGCUUCCUUCACUCUGUGCUGUGUAAGAAAUGUCUUCGAGCCUCGCUGGGUCAGACCUGGUCUUAUGUGCCAAGGGAUACUCUUCAUCUUUAUUUAAAACUGUUUUUAUUAGGAGGAACAGUGUGGUUUUGCACUUUUUAUGUUUCCAUGUGACACAUGUGACUUGUUCCUGGAAUCCAGCAUCUAUUUGCUUCAUUAAAAAACAAAAUACAAUGUUUAA